UUAUCUAAAGAUAAAAACUUUAGCCAGUAUUUGGAAUUUGCUUCAUUACUUGGCUUUAAGGCUUAAUAUUAGUAACAUGGUGGCUUUAGUGAACUUUUUUAAAAAAGCUUUCCUCUUCUACCCACACAGUCCUAUUUGAGUCCCUUAGUCAGUCAGCAAGCAUGUUUGGAACAGUCCCUGGUCCUUUGCAAGGGCUCAUAUUGCAGAACAGUCACGUAUUUGGGUAUUUGUCGUUAUAAAUACUUGACUGUUCUCCAGGGGUGGGGUUUCCAGCCCUUUCAGCAAUUCCGUUGAGCUGGCUCUGUGCUCUAAGUGUCUGAAUUGAUUGCAGUAGGACAUCUUUCACUGAGAAAUAAAUAAAAUGGAACAGAAUGGGUCUGCUUCAAAUGCUGAUAAAAUCCCCCAGAAUCGCCUGUCGAGUAUUACCGAGGAUGAAGACCAAGAUGCUGCUCUUACCAUAGUGACUGUGCUGGACAAGGUAGCCACCAUCGUGGACUCUGUUCAGGCGAGCCAGAAGAGAAUAGAAGAGAGACACAGGGAAAUGGAAAAUGCCAUAAAAUCUGUUCAGAUUGACCUGUUGAAGCUUUCACAGUCACAUAGCAAUACAGGCUAUGUCAUUAACAAGCUGUUUGAGAAAACCCGAAAAGUCAGUGCUCACAUUAAAGAUGUGAAGGCCCGGGUGGAGAAGCAACAAGUUCAUGUGACAAAAGUUGAAACCAAGCAAGAGGAAAUAAUGAAGAAAAACAAAUUCCGUGUGGUGAUAUUCCAGGAAGAGAUUCGGUGUCCAACAUCUCUGUCUAUUGUUAAAGACAGAAACCUAGCUGAGAAUCAGGAGGAGGAAGACGAAGUCUUUGAUCCCCCAAUAGAUCUCUCUUCAGAUGAAGAAUAUUAUGUUGAAGAAAGCAGAUCUGCCAGGCUCAGAAAGUCAGGCAAGGAGCGCAUUGAUAACAUCAAAAAGGCCUUUUCCAAAGAAAACAUGCAGAAGACACGGCAGAAUUUUGACAAGAAAGUGAACAGAAUUAGAACUAGAAUAGUAACUCCAGAGAGGAGAGAAAGGUUAAGGCAGUCGGGAGAAAGGUUGAGGCAGUCCGGAGAGAGGCUGAAACAGUCAGGGGAGAGAUUUAAGAAGUCUAUUUCUAAUGCUGCUCCCUCAAAGGAAGCUUUUAAGAUGCGAAGCCUGAGAAAAGCGAAGGACCCCACAGUGACCCAAGGUCGGGACGGGGACAGGGAGAUGGGCGUGGAUAUCAUUGCAGGGAGCCCAUCUCUGGGCCCUGUUCAUGAGCUGCACACUGAUGAGCUCAGUGACACAGAACAGGAGGCCACCAGGGUGGGGUAUGCUCCCCGAGAAGGAGAGGAUGUCCCAACCCCCGAGCCUUUAAAGGUUACUUUUAAACCUCAGGUGAGAGUGGAGGAUGAUGAGUCUCUUUUGUUAGAUUUAAAGCAGUCUUCAUAAAAAGAGAAAUUAAGAGUCAGUCUACAUCUCCUUAAUCAUGCAUUUUUAGUUUAACUAGCCAUUUACUUUUAUUUAUAUACUAUGUAGGAAAAAAAAUGGUAUGACUAUUUCAUUUCUUAUGAUCCUAUAAAUAUUAUAUACUUUUUCUUGUAACUUCCUUGGGUAUGAUUCUAGCAGCUUUUUCUCUUACAUCAUUCUUUCUCAUGACAGCUGUGGCUUUGUAAGUUCCUUUCUCUUGGCCACCAGGAAAAUAGUUGCCUAACUCAGGCCAGGUAGAUAUUUGGGCAUCCAAAACAAAUGAAGGACAAAUUUGUGCCCAACAUUUCCAAGUGAAGUCCAAAUUUUGGUCUAGAUUGUUCUGGCCAGUCUCAAAGUGGGGAGUAACUAAUGUGUGGAUUAUAUCACCCAGAUGUUUGAAUCAACAGAUUCUUUCAUAAGUCAGGAAUCAACAUCCCUUUUGAAGAUUUUACAUAAAAAAAAAAAAAUUGAAGUUCUGAACUUGUUUUAGCAUCAUAGCUUUAUUAAUGGUGAGAUACCUGGCAA